AUGUCUCUAGUCACGCAGGUCCUACCCCUGGAUGAACCUUUCAACGUCAAUUUCGUUGCUGGUGACAUCCCACGUGCCUAUCAGUAUGCCAGCCGAGGAAUAGUCAUUAAGCUUGGUGGCACAAAUGCACUCGGCCGCGGCGAAGGCCCUCUCCCUUGCUUCCGCGGAAUCGCUCCGAGACCAGGUCUGCCAACGUCAAUGCUCACACAUGCAGCUUGCAUGGUGAUUUGUGCCUUGCAGGGCGCCUCAGGCUUCACUCAGCUUGUUCUGGUCUCUGUCCAGUCGUCUGGGGUUCCAGUUCCUUUGCUCGUCACCAGUCUCCCCAAGUGGUCACUUUCGCAACAACAUUACAUUAGUCUUACACACCUGCUCGCAAUGUCUUUGCUCUACGGGUCCAGCACCUUGACGCGGAUUGUCUGGCCUGUCGCCCUUGCAAUGGUCUUGCCCGCCUCGUUCGUAGCUUCCAGGAUCCGGGAGGUGACUUUCGAUAAAUUUCCCCACAGCAUUCCCAGCACGAUCCCCAUGGUUAAAACAUCCCAUAAGAGUGGUUUUGGAGCCCUCUGUUUGAGAGUCAUCGCACUGGGUUCCAUCUUUAUUAUGGUCGACGAGUGCGCCGGUUUCGAUGUCCUAUACAGAGCAUUCGGCAUCGACCUUUUGCCCAAGACUCAAUUGCAAAAGUUGCUCCGCAACCAUCGAGACGUUUGGGGAAAGGCGAAAGCCUCAGGGAGCCCCUCCCGCUUGCGCGAGACCUUCUUCUAA